UCUCUCCCGAAAAACUCACGUCAGGACGCGCAGUACGUGGGGAUUCCUAAGGAUUACCCGGCGUGCCCCGCGGGAAAGAUGGCGGUCGAGAAGGAUCGAAGGAGAUAAACUUUAUCCAGCAUAAGGAACAUUAAAAAAUCGUUUUCACAAAUAAGCAGUAACAGCUCGUUAUAUAGACCUAGUGUAUUCUUGGGAGAGCCAGUGUGUUCGCAUAUGCGAAGGACUCCGUCGCUCAUAACGGGCCGAAUGCACAAGUCAGUGUUGCUCCGCUAGCAAGUGCUAGCCAGGAAAGGAACUGCGGUGUGUGGGCAAGAGGAAAAAUACAGGAUAAAGUUUAUUACAACGACCGAAAAGUGGGAGCUCUCCUGUAAACGCACACGGUUAUAACACAAGUUUGAGGGCAAUACAGUUUGCCCGGCGUCGCUCGUCUCGUAUGCCCUGAGUGGAGGAGAGGCAGAAAAGAGGGAGGAGGAGGAAGAGGAGGAGGAGGUGAAAGAAGAGAAGGAGCAGGAAGAGAAAGAGUAAAGACGCGGACCGCUGGCGGACGGACAAACAUACUGACGGACGCACUGCACAGACGAGAGAGAGAGAGGGUCGCCCCGCAGGAUUGGGUUACCGUGGCAACUGGAGAGACGCGGUAGCUGGUGGCCAUGACUUCAGAGCCAGCCGCCCCUGCUGUGGUGAAUGCCCUGGGAGUGAAGUCACGUGGAUGAAGACACCGUCUGCAGAACAGCUUGGAAUUUGGGACUAACGGGACGGACCGGAGCCGAGCCGAGCAGCGACGUGACGAGAGGUGACAGGACGGCGACAAGAUGACGAGCGCAGGCCCGGCCAGGAAGCCGUACCGCAAGGCCCCGCCGCAGCACCGGGAGACGCGGCACGGCAUGCCGGUGUUCCGCGAGGACCUGCCCGUCUCUCCGGGUCUGCCGCCCACGGGCCUGGUACCACAGGGCCCUCCGCCUGGACCUCCGCCGCCGCAACAGUCAUCUGGUGUCGGCCAAUCCGAAUCUUGCCAGGAGUCCUUAUCAGAUUCUGACAAGAUCAAGAUCUUGCAGCAGCAGAAUGAGGACCUGCGUCGGCGGCUGACCCAGACGACCCACAAGAUGGAGGCCAUGGAGACGGAGUUCGAGGCCAGCCGCCACUACAUGCAAGCCGAGAUGGGACGCACACGCGACGAUCUCGACAAGAUGAGGGACAAGUUCCGCAGACUCCAGAACAGCUACACCGCCUCUCAGAGGGCCAACCAGGAGCUGGAGGAGAAGCUACAUGCCUUGUUGCGUAAGGUGGAGCGGGACAAGAAGACGAUGGAUCAGGAGAUUGUGGAGCUGACCAAUAAGCUGCUGGAUGCCAAGAACACCAUCGACAAGCUGGAGGAGCUCAAUGAGCGCUAUCGGCAGGACUGUAAUUUGGCUGUGCAGCUCCUCAAGUGCAACAAGUCUCACUUCCGAAACCACAAGUUUGCUGACUUGCCGUCCGAGCUGCAGGAGAUGGUGAAUAAGCACAUGAAGAGUUCCCUGCCCGAGCGCUCCUCCCAGACGGGCAGCAGUGGCGGCGGUGGAACCCCACCAGGGGGCGCAGGGGGACCCCAGGACCCCGACUCCCUCAGCCUCACGCCCGCCGACGUGGUGCCCACCUCGGUCAUCGCCCGCGUCCUGGAGAAGCCCGAGCCGCUGGUGCUCAACUCGGCCCAGUCCAGCAGCGGCGCCGGCCGGCCCGUGGCCGAGGACGUCUUCGUCCACGUGGACAUGACGGGCCCUGCGGACAACGGCGCCGCCGGUGGUGCCGGAGCCGGGUACGAGAACGGUGGGCCGGGCCACGCGGCCGGGGGGCGCCCCCUGCAGGCACCGGGAGGAGGAGGAGGCGCGACGGACUCGCAGCACCUGAACGGCUCGUGCCGGCGACAGGGCAGCCUGGAGGGCCCGACGGGAGGAGCUGGAGGAGGGGAAGAGCAGCAAGGCACGGCCCUGUUCGAGAAGCUGAACCCGUAUCCGGCGCCCGCCCCGCCGGCCCACGCCCUCUACCCGGGCCGCAAGGUCAUCGAGUUCUCCUCGGACGACAAGGUGAAGAUCCCCAAGAACAGCCCGCUACCCAACUGCACCUACGCCACGCGGCAGGCCAUCAGCCUCAGCCUGGUGCAGAGCGAGGAGGAGGCGGUGGCGGCGGCGGCUAGCGAACGGCAGCAGCAGCGUGGCUCCCCGGGCAGCCCUGCCGUCUCCGAAGGGGGCGGGGGCUGGAGGUCUGGCGCCUCCUCGUCUUCCGGGGGUGGCGGUGGCGGUGGCAGUGCCAGCAGCAGCCACCAUCAGCCGCGUCACCGGCAGGCCGUCACACCGCCUCGCCACCACCACCACCACCACGGCGACCCUACGUCGUACGGCCAUCACCACCACCACACCUCCGCCACCACCCCCACCGCUGCGGACCGCGAGGACCCCCACUCCCACUCCCACUCCUCCAGCCAGUCCAGCCCCUUCAGCAGCCCGCCGCAGCCCCCCUCCGCCUU